AAAAACACAACACUAAACGGAAACGUUCCCUGUCCUGGGUGUCUGCCCAGCAGAAACCAGAGCUCAGGUGCACCAAUGACACAGGCAGGAAUGCUCGCAGCAGUUCUCCUUGAAAUAGCCAAAGAUGAAAGCACCCGAAUGGUUAGUAACAGGAGAUGGAUAAACGAACUGUGGCUAUCCACACAGUGGCUUACACACAGCUGUGACAACGAAUUAAACAUUGCUGCACACACAGAUGACUCAUAAUGUUUAACAAAAGAAGCAGAAACAAAAGAGGACACACUAUCACUCCAUUUAUAGCUGACGUUCUACAGCAAAACUGAUUAACCACAGAGUCCCACUUGGUUACUGUUCGGGGCUAAGAGGGUGUUACUGGCAGGGGAGGCGAAUGAGGGAGCCUUCUGGGGUGAUGGAAAUGUUCUAAAUCUUGGUCUGGGUAGAGGCUGCAGGGAUAUAUAUAUAAAAUCAUUGAGCCAUACAUGUAAGAUUUGUGCACUUGACCGUAUGAGUUAUACCUCAGUGAAGAGCAGCCACCUGCUCUAACUGCAUAUGUGGAUUUCCGGGCUUCUGUUCUCAAGAAGGCCCUGUGCGGCUGGGAUGCUGACGUUUGGGAAGAUAAGGUCUGGCUGCUGGGCCCCAGCACCACCCUCCCACCGUGUCAGUGGGCUGAUUUGCAUGCUCUGUCGUGGUCCAGCAGCCUCCCCAGUGUGCCCUGAAGCACCUGGAGCACGCCCAGCGCAAGCCCAACAAGCGACUCCCACCUGCCUCCCUGCCUCUGGCCAUGGCCUGUCAGCAUCUGGCCCUCCUUCUGAUUGGGGUCCUCCUAGCAGCCUCCCAGCCAACCCUCACCCAGCCGGACACACUGCUGGUCUUCCCAGGCCAAGUGGCCCAACUCUCCUGCAUGCUCAGCCCCCGCUAUGCCACGGUCGGGGACUACGGCGUGUCUUGGUAUCAGCAGCGGGCAGGCAGCGCCCCCCGCUUGCUCCUCCACUACCGCUCAGAGGAGGACAACCACCGCCCCCCUGACAUCCCUGACCGCUUCUCGGCAGCCACGGAUGCAGCCCAUAAUGCCUGCAUCCUGACCAUCAGCCCCGUGCAGCCUGAAGACGCUGCAGAUUAUUACUGCUCCGUGGGCUACAUACCCUAGGGGUGGGGUGUGGGAUGAGUGCCUUCUGUCUGCCUCCCACUUAUGCUCCUGACCUUGGGACCCUCCCUUUCUCUGAGCCUUGAUUUUCCUCCUUUGUAAAAUGGGUUAAUAAUCAACAUGUCAACAGUAACUAUUCUGAGGGCCAUGAGAUCCUGGCUGAAAAAGUGACUGUGAGAUGCAAGAGGGAAGAGAUAUGGGAACAUAUGUAUAUGUAUAACUGAUUCACUUCGUUAUAAAGCAGAAACUAACACACCAUUGUAAAGCAAUUAUACCCCAAUAAAGAUGUUAAAAAAAAAAAGCUCAAUAAAAAUAAUAAAAAUAAAAAGUGACUGUGGUUGGUCUGGGAGUGUGGGGGUAGGGAUUCUGGGGAUUUUUGCAGAAGGGGAAGCACCUGAGACCCUUGGGUGGGGCCCCACCUCCCUACCAGCCCCCAGGGGGCUCAGAAUGGUGGCUCUUGCCUUCCUGUGACUGGAGGAGCUGGAGUGAGAGAAAAAAUAACCAGCCCUUGCUGGUCCCAGCUCUGCAUGGCUGGUUGUGGUCCAACACACACAGGGUCAGUGGACUGGGUCCCUAGGAGCCCCUGCCUACUCCUGGAUGGGGCUAGGAGGCACCUGAGGGCCAGGACGGAAGGUGCUGAAGACAGGUGGGCAGAUGGCAGGGGGAGAAUGGGCAGCAGCC